AUGGAAAUCGACGACGAGAUCGUGGCCCGCUGCAAGGGGCAGUUCAACACGGAGGAGUUGUCGGCGACCUAUGAUAGAAGAAGGCGAAUUGAAGAGUCCAGCUCCGUCAUCUUGUCCGUCGCUCCUGCAUUUUCCAUCACAGCUGCUGUACUUUCCGUGGCAAGCAUCGUAUUCCUAAUUUGGGCGCUCGUACGUAGACGGUUGCCAAAUCGGAAGUACAGUUCG